AUGGCAUCAACACAGCGAUUCUCAGGAUACCCACUUGCUAAAGAAGGCCCUAAAACAGCAUACGUGCCAGCACAGGAUAAAAAUCCUCCCCUUAGAGGCUGGUCUUUGAUUAUUGCGGCCAAACUCGUCACAUAUUUUCCGUCCGUAGCUAAGGCUACAUGGGGAAAUGCCAAGUUUGGCUGCGUCAAAGAUAUACCAGGUCUAAAUGAGUACGACUGGCGCCUUCAACCCAUUGUCACACCACUUAUAGCCGAUGGCGUCGUUCAGAGUAAGGCCGAGAUCACGUCUGAUCUUUAUGAACGACAGCCGGAUGAUCUAGCCGGCCGUUUUUAUUCUGCUGCUGAUUAUCAUGAGCUCUUCAAAUCCAAGAAAUUAACACCGCUACAAGUAGCAGAAACCCUACUCCCGCUCAUAACCAGAGGCCAGGAUCCCCCAGCUAAGUAUGAAUCGGCCUGGUCUGUUACGAAAGAAGAUCUUGUACUGGCAGCAGCUAAGAAGUCGACGGAACGUUAUGCUAUCGGCCAGCCUCUAAGUGUUCUCGAUGGAGUGCCGAUAGGAGUCAAAGAUGACACGGAUGUAGAGGGAUAUAUAUCCCAUAUGGGACGGCCCUUCGAUCCAUCCGAUCCCUUCUUUAAACCGGCAACUAGUACAAUUUGGCCGGUCGCACAACUAGAAGCUGCCGGUGCUAUCGUCAUUGGCAAGCAGGUGAUGCAUGAGCUCGGUUCAGAUAUUAGUGGGUGUAAUCCACGAUGGGGGACGCCCAUAAAUUGGAACAACCCAUUAUACUAUCCAGGCGGCUCGUCAUCGGGCGGAGGGUCGGCUAUCUCCUCCGGGUUGGUCCCUAUCUCUAUUGGCACUGAUGCAGGAGGGAGUGUCCGCAUUCCGGCCUCGUUUAACGGCGCGUACGGAUUGAAACCUACCUUACAUCGUGCUUACACGAUGAAGUCCUCUAUCUGUGUCAUAGGCCCCUUGGCAGCGACAGCAAAUGAUCUAGCUAUCGCGUACCGUAUUAUGACGGCGCCUAACUCUGAAGAUCCAAUACAGGGCUCUUUCGCGUUGUCAAUUCCGCCGAGUCCUUCUGCGAAGAAAACAAUCGGCAUUUAUCGUGAUUGGUUCGACCAAGCUUCCCCUGGUGUCCUUAACGUCACUAGGAAAGCAAUUGCAUAUUUUACGGAUAAACUGGGUUACGAAGUUGUUGAUAUUAGUAUCCCCUAUGUACAAGAGGCCCAGUAUGCUCACAGCGCGUGGGCGCUCACUGAAGGCAUUGACCAUCAUAAUUCACACGCUAUGGAUCCAACGCGUCCGCUCACGGGUCUCAAUAACUGUAACCAGCUUCUAAUGGCCGUCGGCUCGUGUACGUCAGGCACUGAUAUGAUCAAAUAUGGUCAAUUGAGAGGGCUACUCAUGGAGCAUCUCGCGUUUUUAUGGAAGAAGCAUCCGGGUAUGUUGAUAGUCACGCCGACGGCACCUGAAGCUGGAUGGUUGAUCCACCCUGCCGACCAGGCGUAUGGAUUUAGCGACGGCAAUAUAACAAUCCGUAACAUGAUGUAUAUCUGGCUAGCGAACUCGACAGGCUGCCCCGCGGUUACUGCACCCGUUGGUUACGUUGACCCUGAGCAAGGUGAAGGCAAGCUACCGGUCGGCCUCAUGGCGAUGGGAGAGUGGGGUGCGGAAGAGCAGCUUUUGGCUUGGGCAAAGGAGGCUGAGACGUACGUGAAUGAUGCUUACGAAGGUGGUCGCUACAGACCACAGGAGUGGGCCAACGUUGUCAAAAUUGCCAAGACGGCAGAAUGA